AUGGCGAAUAACACCAUCUUCAUGUCGCCUGAAGAGUCGGAGCGUAUCCAACACACAAUUAAAGAUAUCACAAGGCUACGUGAAGAACUGAAAGGCCAGUCGAGGGAACCUACAGAUCCCAGAUCAUUAAUCGAGCAGGCUAUUUCUACGUCCCUUAUGCAAGAGAUGUCUUCUGCAGCUUUUGGAUUCGGUCUGCCAAGGAAACCUCGAGAGACUAUGGUAGCUUACGGGGUAGGCAAGCAAUACCUCCCCAGUACAGCCAAACUUGCAGAUCUACAACCAAUGACCAUCAAGGACCUGAGAAUGGAAACGCACCAUCGGGGCUUUUUUCUAUCUUUGCGCCGUGUGUCACCCGUAUCCAUCCUUCAGGCAUCCUCCUGGGCUAUCGUCAAAUGCCAGCCGUCUGAUGAGGUGGAGCGCCUGGAAGCUUUUCUGCAUACAUCGCAGUACGGCAACAAUACUUUGGAGAUAGCUUCCGAUUUGGUUAUCAAAGAGCCAUACUACACUCUCAACUCCCAAGGAGAAUGCAUAAUUCGGAUAGAUCACCCGUCAGACCUUAUGGUUAUCGCAAUCUCAGAGUAUCCAGAAUCGUGGCGAGACAAGGAACAGUACUCUGGAAGACCAGACUUUGUUUCUCCAGACGAGUACAAGAGGAAGGGAAAUGAGGCGCUUCUGAGAAAGAAGAACUAUGCCGAAGCUUAUUUCUGGUAUACGGAGGGUCUGAAGCGUCUGAAAAGUGGCGAAGAUUGCGAGACUGUACGCAAGGACCUGCACCGUAACCGAGCUCAUGUCAACAUUCAACUUCAGAGAUUUGAUGAAGCAAUAUCGGAUGCCUUAGACUCUCUCACUACCGGUGAGGCUAAAGAUCUUAGGUCUCUUGACGCCAAGGCAUAUGAUCGUGCAGGUAUCGCGGCAUACUCCCAAGGCGAGUAUCUCAAAGCUCGAGGCUACUUCGAGCAGCAAGAGAGACUCCAGCCGGAUGACCAGCAGCCCAAGCUACAUCUACGAAGAAUCGACGCAAGACUUCGAGAGGAGUCUAACGGUACCUACAAUAUGAGCAAGAUUGUGAGCAAUCUGUCCAAGACGGGAGGCAGACCCGACGCAGCUUCGUAUCAUGGUCCAACAGAGAUCAAAAAUAGCCCUGGAGCUGGUCGUGGCCUUUUUUCAACCCGAGACAUCGAAACAAACGAGAUCAUCCUAUGUGAGAAAGCAUUUUGUGCGGCCUGGAGUCACGAGGUAGAAACGUUCACAGCGCUGGCGUGUGAUCUUCGAGAAGACGCUGCCAUCAAGGUCUUUCCCGCGGGUUUGCACAAAGCUGUUGUGAAAAAGCUUCUCAACAAUCCGUCGCAGGUCGAGAAGGUACUUCGCCUACAUGGAGAUUACCACGGACUUGGGGGAAAGUUGCAGGAAAUAGAUGGUUCACCUGUAAUCGACACGUUCCAGAUACACGAUAUCAUCCAACGCAACGCGUUUGGAUUGGGUCAGCAAACCGAGGAUGAAGAUGCCAGCAACGCCAGUACUGGUCUUUGGAUACAGGCGUCUUACAUCAACCACUCUUGUAUUCCCAAUACAAAAAAGGAUUUCGUUGGUGAUCUCAUCAUCUUUCGCGCUACAAGAAGAAUUGCAGCUGGUGAGGAGAUCACUCAUAGCUAUGAUGAGUCGAGUGACUAUGAGACAAGAAAUGCAAACAUUCGGAGGACAUGGAACUUCGAAUGUCGCUGUCAAUUUUGCCUUGUGGAGGGAGCAGAGAGCGAAGAUGUCAAGAAACGAAGGCGGCAGGCAGAAGACAAGGCAAGAAGUUUUGCAGAAACAAACAAUCCAUCUGAUACGAGUAGGACCAUGAUGAGAAAGGCAAAGAUGUUGCGUCAGAUACUAAACGAGACCUAUGAUGAGAAGAGCUAUAAGGGACUACCUCGGCGGGCACUUGCGGCGAUAGACGAGUGGCUUCUGUCAGCCACUACCAGUUAG